AUAAAAAAAGAGGAACAAACCUACAACAAAACUGCUUACAAAACUAAGUUUUUCUGUCUACAUUUCAAAGUCUAACGCCAGUCCAGUACUUCUUCACAGAGAGGAAACAAAAACAGCCAAACAGAAUGUGCAGCCAGUUCAUUUCUUCAGCCAAACUGUUGGUUCUGAGCUUUAAGCAGUUUUCCAGCUCGGAGGUCUACCUAAUUGGAGGAAUAUCUCUUUCCACAAGUACUUAACCUAAAUGCCAGGAUUUUCUUGUGCACCUUUUUUUUUCCAAGGCCAAUGAAACCCAGCAGAUAACCCAGUGAAAAGGCUUUUCCAACAUUACUUUUAUGCUUUUUUAAACUGAUUCCUGCUUAAACCAUGAACGGAAGUAUCAACGCUUCCAACUGGACAUCCCUCUCAGGGCAAUGCCCCCGAGAUACCAGGACAUCUCAUGUUGUAUUUCCAAUUUUGUACAGCAUUCUUUUCCUUGUGGGAUUUCUACUGAACAGCGUGGCUGUCAUUGUUUUUUUCCAGAUUCCAACCACUUCAAGUUUCAUUGUGUAUCUUAAGAACACUGUGGUUUCCGAUACCAUCAUGACACUCAUGCUACCUUUCAAGAUUCUCACAGAUUCUGAAAUAGGGUUCUGGCAACUUAAAGCAUUUGUUUGUCGUUUUUCAGCUGUAAUGUUUUACCAGACCAUGUAUAUAAGCAUAGUACUGCUUGGACUUAUUUCCUUAGAUAGGUUUCUCAAGAUCAUUCAGCCCUUUGGGAAGUUCUGGUUGCAUAAGAUCACUUCGGCUAAAGUGAUUUCAUGGUCUGUCUGGCUCUUUUUCUUCAUCCUCUCCCUGCCCAAUGUGAUUUUGACAGACCGUGAGGCUACCUCUCUCCCAGUGAGGAAGUGUGCAUCGUUGAAAAGUGACUUGGGACUAAAAUGGCAUGAAGCUGUCAAUUACAUCUGUCAAAUCAUCUUCUAUACUGUGCUGACACUGAUGCUUCUAUUUUAUGUAAUUAUUGCUAAAAAGAUUUAUAGCUCUUAUAAAAGAACCAAGACAGCAGACUGUAAAAUUAAACAAAGAGCCAAAAGUAAGGUGUUUAUAAUUGUAGCUGUUUUUUUCAUCUGUUUUGCCCCUUAUCAUUUUGUUCGUGUACCUUAUACUCUUAGCCAAAGUGGCCAGAGCAUGAGUUGUGCUAAACAGAAUCAAUUAUUCAUAGGCAAAGAAACCACUCUCUGGUUAGCUACUGCAAAUAUAUGUAUGGAUCCUUUAAUAUACGUGUUCUUAUGCCGGAAAUUUCUGGAAAAAGUGUUUUGUUUUAAAUUACAAAAAUCCAGGUAUAUCAUUCAGGAAAGUCCAACCCUGGCAUUGGAUACUGGAAUAUCUACAUAGAUGUUCUAUUUUCUGUGAAUGAGUGUUGGAAACUGUUUUUAAAUGCCAAUUGCAGGUUAUUAAUAGAAAAAGAUUAAAUAACGUUCCUCUAUGCUUGGCUAAUAUGUCGUACUUGACUUGUGUAUUUUCUUAUGUGGGAAAAUAGAACAAUGCUUGUUAUCUGCAGGUAUUUCAGAAAGAAGAUCACAGUGCUGUUAUCAUAGUACAUUUCUUUGAGAAACAAUAUUGUUUUCUUAAAUUGAAAAAUAGUUUUGUUUAGUACCAUACUUUUGCUUCACAACAGAAUACAGAUCUGUACUCCAGUUUUGGUUUUAGACCAGGGGUGUCAAACUCAAUUUCAUUGAGGGCCAUAUCAGGGUUGUGUUUGACCUGGGCGGGGGGGUAAAGUGGGCGUGGCCAAGGUGGGAAUGGCGAGCUCGAUGUCACUCAUGUCCAGGGAACCUGCGGUGGCCUGAGUGCUCUGCCAGAGAAAACAGGCUCCCAAGCUCUGUUUUUGGCUGUGAUGGUCUCCUGUAAACCUCUGCCACAUGCAGCCCUCCUUAGCACUGUUUUCACUGGCAGAGGCACCUUGGGCCAGUCCUUCGCUGUUUCCAGGGUGGCCCCAUGAGCCAGAUCUAAGGACCACAUGGGCCGGAUCUGGCCCCCGGGCCUUGAGUUUGACACUCCUGCUUUAGACUAUGCACUUUCUUUGACCAUUUUGGUUACUAUCAAUUCAUUCAUAUUAAAUGGUAUUUUGACUGGGAUUUUUUUAAUGUAAUCAUUUGGUAGCAGAUAAAUAUUUCAGUAUUCUCCCAAACUUUUAAAAAAUAAUUGUUCUACUAUUCUGUAUCAGUACAUUUUGCAUUACAUAUUAUGAUAUUAUGUAAACCAUCUAGAGAAUGGUGUUUCUGAGUGAACUAAAUAAAUGUUGGAAAUAGAUACAUAUUCGGGUUCUUCUCAAUUCUAUUUUGGAAACAAUCUGUAUGUGUUUCUGCUAUUGUCCAAGAUGUGUCUGAUUGGUAAUAUUGCAUUUCUAAAAUGGUUAUGAUUUUAAUCUUUAAUGUUGCAAUGAACUUGAUCCAGAUUACAUAAAAGAUUAUCUUUACCCAUACCAAUAAGUCCCAAUGUUUUUUUUCUCGAGAGAAAUUCUUUUGACUUGCUACAAGCAUUUCUGGCUCUUAAGGUUAUACAUACACCAUGUGGGUUUUUUUCAAUAACCAUCCUCCAAUUUGGGAUGAGUUUCCACUCUGUGAAGCUCUUGUCUCCCUUCCUUUGAAAAAAAUAUUUGGAUUUCUUUAAAUAGUAUUUUUGGGAGGUUGUUUUUAGUUAUCGUCAUUCCCCUUUAUUAUUUUUACUGAUUUUAUCUGUAUUAUUAUACUUUUUAAUGCUAUGUACAUAGCCUUGAAGUAGUUCAAGCUUUAAAUGUAGCCUAAAGAAAUGUCUAGAAACUAGUAAUUACAAACUGAUACAAAUCCAUUUCUUAUUCCCAUAAAGAUUAGUGGUAGAAAGGCUAAUAAUGAUCAUCAUCAUAUGCAUUUUUAGUUAGAGUGAUCAGAUAGAUAACAAAUUAUAAUUAUUGGUUUUUUUCUAUUAUAAAUAAAUCUGCUUUAAACAAUAUAAAAUGUAUAAUUUUGACAUAAAUAAGUGUUAUGUUUGGCCUACAUAUUAAAUUUAGAAGAUAAUCCAAUGCAAGUUUUCUCAAAAAUAAUCUUCUGUUUAAGAGAGAUUACAAUAUAUUCAAGUAAGCAAAAACAUAGGAAAUUAUAUAACAGCAAUACCAUUACCACUCCAAAAAUUCUUAGCAAUAUCUACCAUAGGUGGGAAUUUGGGGUUUUAUGUAACAUAACUUCUAUUUUACUUCCGGCUUCCACUUUCUAUUAUCUCUAAGCACCGGUAGCUGUUUUCUGCUUACACAGUUUCCGUUAUGCAGCUGGCAGGAAUGUGGAAUUCCAGGCAGGUUCCUUGUUAGCUUGAUUUUUCCUUGCUUAUCUGGGAGCCUUUUCUCAUGAGUAAUAUUUUAUUUGGGAAAUGA